UUUCUGAAGUCGCUUCGAUUUCUUAAAAACGAGAUGUUAUUCACGAUCGAGAGAUACGUGAUUCGCGCGAGUGCACGGUAUUUACAACGAUGUUUCUCGAACAGUGUUGACGUUUCGGCACGAGAAUUCGUUCUGCAACCCAACGAGAGUCCUACGUCGAUACGUGCCGGAGCCCAGAAGUCUCUAAAAAUUGCCUUCCUAGGCGUACCAAACGUUGGAAAAAGCAAAAUUGUUAACCAACUUAUCAAGCAAUCGGUAUGCCCUGUGUCUUGCAAGGCGCACACCACACAAGCUAAAGCGCAUGCAAUAUAUUGUGAAGGUGAUACUCAGCUGAUAUUCCUGGACACCCCCGGCAUGGUCUCCACGAAAGAGUCUAAAAAAUUCAAGUUAGCCAGUAGCUUCAAAACAGAUCCAAAGACUUCCUUGCAAGCGGCAGAUAUUGUGGGAAUUGUGCAGGACGCAGAGAAUGUAUAUACCAGGCACAAGAUUGAUACAAACAUAUUAGAACUCUUGAUGGAUGAUAUAAGAAGCAAGAUUCCUAUAAUUCUGGUCAUUAACAAAGUAGACAGACUAAAGAAAAAGGAAAUAUUACUCGAUUUGAUACACACUCUGACCAAGAGCAAAAAAUCUCCAGAUUUCUAUGACAUAUUUAUGAUAUCCGCCUUGACUGGGGAUGGCAUUAACGAUUUGAGGACUUAUUUGUUAGACACGGCUAAGCCACGAGCCUGGGAGUACGAAGGGCAUGUUUACAGCGAUAAUACGUGCGAGGAUGUAAUACGACAGACGGUGCGGGCAAAGUUCAUGGAUAUUCUGCCGAACGAGGUUCCAUAUCGUUUACAGGUGAAGUUGGAACACUUUGAUCCAGCACCCGACGAUAGUAUCAAGGCACUGGUGUCCGUCACGUGUCCAAACAAGCGAAUUGCUCGUCUACUAACGCGCGGCAACAAUAACAGAAUAGGUCAGACCGCCGUUAUAGCAGAGGAAGCACUGCGGCACGCUUUUCGAACGUCGGUGAGAUUGAAGAUAAGCGUGCAAUCUCCAUCGUGAUUCGGCUUGUAUUUGUUAUUUGUAAAAUAAAGUUGAAUAUCGCUUAAUCUCGCAUUUAUAAAGUUAAAUGUUUGCGAUAAGAUUAAUUUUUUAAUACAAACCGAAACCAAAAGUCAAGCGCCGAUUUAAAAAUAUAUUUCUACAUUGCGUUACCUAACAACUAUAUAGACUCCUAUUUAUACUAUACCGCUUGUUAUUUAAUUAUAUAUUUAAUUCUAAUACUAUGCCGUUUUUUUAGAAUAUAUUUUGUUGG